UACAGUAAUCCAGAGCACUGAAUCCUGCUGCUCACUACAGAUCAACACACGACUGAACAAGAUGGAGCGUAAAACUGUCAAUUUCUUACUGAUACUCAUAACUCAAGUUUUCAUUGCGGUCAACACUCAAGAGGUGACCACGUGGCCUAAUAAGGUUGAGAAUGAGAUGAAUCUGAAGGAGAACCAAUCACAGACGGGCCGCAGAGGUGACUGUCAAAAUGUUCGACCCACUUCGACCUCGGCCCCCAUCACCACCACCCCGCCCAAACUGAGCCCAUACCUGUACUGCAUGCCAGAGUGUCCCUAUCACAAACCGCUGGGGUUCGAGUCAGGGGCCGUGCGUGCAGAACAAGUCACAUGUUCAAAUCAGGUACAAUAUGUGGGCUGGUUUGCUUCCUGGACUCCAAAUAAAGCCAGACUCAACAGCCAGGGAUUUGGCUGUGCAUGGCUGUCAAAGUCUCAGGACACGAGUCAGUGGCUUCAGGUGGACCUACAGGAGAUCGGCGUGGUGUCAGGUGUCCUCACUCAGGGACGCUGUGAUGCUGAUGAAUGGACCACCAAAUACAGCUUGCAAUAUCGAACCCAUGAUGACCUAAACUGGGUCUAUUACAAAGACCAGACUGGGAAUAACAGGGUGUUUUAUGGAAACACGGAUCGCUCCUCUACGGUGCAGAAUUUGCUCCGGCCGCCCAUCGUUGCGCGGUACGUGAGGAUUCUGCCGCUGGGAUGGCACACGCGCAUCGCCAUACGACUGGAGCUUCUCUUAUGCAUGAACAAAUGCACCUGACAUCACUCUGACAGCAGGUCCAAACACAGCUUCAUGUUUCUUUAUUAGUUUACAUAAAUACUGAUCUCUGAUCUGUGCAAAACAGGCAAACUAUCUGCAUUAUUAUCCAUAGCUUCUGUGUAAACAACAAAACAAAUACAUCUUUUCUGAGCUAAAACAUAAAACACAUUGUGUCAUUAUAGAAGAGACAAUAGGCUGCAUUUAAUAAAUGAAAUGUUAUUGUUUAUAUAAUAAAAUAAUAACAAUUAUAAUAAAAUUUUUGUGAAAUAAAACUGAAUUAAUUGAAUGUGUUGUAUUAAGUGUGAACACACUGUGUGAAACUCCUUCAUACCGAAAGGAAAAAAGUGUCAGAUCGGCUUGAACACAAAAAUGACAAAAGACUGAAGUGAAAAAAAUCUUCAUCAUACGCUAACAUCAGUGUGAUCUGAGAACAGCAUUGCAUCAAUGAUGCAUAUCAUUCAUGCCAUGUGAGAUAUUUUCAUCUUCAUAUUUUAACAGUUUUAGCAUAAAAAUAAACCAUCAAAAUUCAUCAAUACAUGA